AUGCGUCGACAAGGGUUUGAUGUAGAUUUGAGUUUGAAUAAUGCUCUCAUAAAUAUGUAUGCAAAAUGUGGGAAUGUUCAAAUGGCUCGGAGAAUUUUCGAUAUGAUUAAAGUGAAGGAUGUCACUACCUGGACAUCGAUGAUUGUUGGUCAUGCAGUACAUGGGCAAGCUGUAGAAGCUCUCCAACUUUUCAAGGGGAUGACAGCACCCGAUGAUACUAACUCGAAGAAAAGUGUGAUCUGUUCGAAUGAGAUCACGUUUGUUGGAGUUCUAAUUGCUUGCAGUAGGGGUGGACUGGUUGAAGAAGGUUUAUAUCAUUUUCAGAGCAUGAGAAAUAAGUAUAAACUGAAACCCAGAAUUUCUCACUGCAGCUGCAUUGUUGAUCUUUUAUGCCGCGCUGGGUUUGUGCAAAAAGCUUAUGAUUUUGUUCUUGAAAUGCCAAUAAAGCCAAAUGCAGUAAUAUGGCGUACCUUGUUGGGUGCGUGCAGUCUCCAACACAAUACUAAGUUAGCAGAAAAUGUUCGACAUCGGUUGCUUGUGCUGGAACCUGACUAUGUUGGAGAUGAUGUGACAAUAUCCAACACUUACGCUGCUGCAGGGAUGUGGGAUGAGAAGAUGACAGCGAGAGGCCAUAUCAAGCAACGAAGGAAUCCUGGUUGCAGUUCCAUAGAGGUUGACUGUGAAGUGCAUGAGUUUAUUGUGCAAGAUAAGAAACAUCCUAAAUGUAAUGCCAUUUACGAAAUUCUUGAAUGUAUUAUGAAGAACAUGAAGAAUCAUGGCUAUGGACAUGCCUGA